ACUCUCUGGAUCAGGCUAAAUUACAUAAUUUUCAAUUUUAAUUUUCAUCCCCAAAAAUAUAUUCCUCAUCGAAUCGUCGAUCCCGAUAAUAUCCCCUUUUUCUCUUAAAAACGACUGUGAAUUACCAGGGUUUUCUGUAUCUCACUAGUUUUCAGUACACAUACAUAUAUACAUACACACACAUACAUGUAAUCUUGUUGUUCUAGGGUUUGUCAUCCUCGUGUAACAGUUGAUAUGGAUGGAUUUGAUGAUGAUUCUAAUUCUCAGCCGAUUGAAUCGAAUUCUACUGUGUUUGAUGCGUCCCAGUAUGCAUUCUUUGGGAAAGAUGUUGUUGAGGAAGUGGAGUUAGGAGGACUAGAAGAUGAUGAUGAAAAUGAGUUUGUUCCGGGACUCGAAUUUGGUAGUGAAGCUCAUCAGUUGAUAGAAGAGGGUAGCACAUUAGGGUCUUUGCCCGAGGUUGAUGAUCUUGCCGCUACAUUUUCAGAGUUAAACAAGACGGUCAAUGCUCCAAGAAGUGCAGGUGGUCUUGGAAACUGGGGAUCCAGAGGAAGUUCAUCUGCUGAGUGGGUACAAGAAGCAGAGCCACCUAACUGGUAUAAUCAGCAUGAGGUUGACACAGAAAGUGCUCAAGAAAGCAAAAGAUGGCCAUCACAGCUGCAGUCUUCCUAUGCUCCACCUGAGGAGCCAUAUUUGUUGCACAGAACAGCAUCAUAUCCUGAACAGCAGCAUCAGCAGCAGCAUAUUAUUCAGCAGCAUCACUUUUCCAGUGAACCUAUUCUUGUUCCAAAAUCAUCUUUUACUUCUUAUCCUCCUCCUGGAGGCAGAUCUCUGCAGCCUGCACCCAACCAGCAGCCACACUAUUCUAAUAUUUCUCAUCUUCCAGGCGGGAAUCAAUAUCCAGUUAAUGCACCCAGUCAUCCUCCCUUUUCUAAUUCCCAGAUGCAAUAUACUGGAUCACCUCAUGGGUCUCCUUUGGGUGGAGGUUUGUCUCAGUUUGCGCCACCUGGUCUUCCUGUAAACAGUCGACCACCAAAUCAAUGGAUAAACCGUACGGGUAUAUAUUCAGGAGAUAAUAUCAGCCUCUCCAACAAUCUCUUGCAUCAACAGUUACCUAAUCAGAAUGGCUUAAUGCCUCCACAGUUGCUGCAGCAGACGCAACAUCAAAGAAUGCACCAUCAGUUUCAGCCCACAUUUGGCCAUGUAUCAGGACUGCAGCCACAGCUUAUUAAUCGGCAUCUUUCUCCUGCUCAACCUUUGAUGAACAACUUUAAAAUGCUUGGAUCGGCUGAUAUGAGAGAUCAAAGACCUAGGUUGUUUCCAAAAGGUAGGCAAGGCAUCCCGUAUUUAAACCAGGGUUUUGAUGCAAGCAGCCAAUGGAAUGAUGGUGGAUGGCCACAGUACAGAGCCAAGUAUAUGACAUCUGAUGAAAUUGAGAACAUCAUGAGAUUGCAGCUUGCUGCUACACAUAGUAAUGACCCGUAUGUUGAUGACUAUUACCAUCAAGCUUGUCUAGCUAAGAAAACUGGUGGUGUAAAGUCAAGACACCAUUUCUGCCCAAGCAACCUUAAGGAUUUUGCUUCCCGUGCUCGAGCUAAUUCCGAGCCACACGCCUUUCUCAAGGUUGACGCUCUUGGGCGAGUUUCCUUCUCUUCAAUUCGCAGACCCCGUCCACUUCUUGAAGUUGACCCAUCAAAUUCAUCAGGCGGCGAGGAAAAUGAACAAAAAGGAUUGGUGAAGCCGUUGGAACAGGAACCGAUGCUUGCGGCCAGAGUAACUAUUGAAGAUGGCCUUUCUCUUCUUCUUGACGUUGAUGAUAUUGACAGGUUCCUGAAGUUUAAUGAACUUCAAGAUGUGUUGCAGCUAAGGAGCCGUCGAGAGGUUUUGCUUGAGGCUCUGGCAUCUUCACUUCAACUUGUUGACCCUCUUGGCAAACAUGGGCACACUGUUAAUAUGGCUCCUGAAGAUGACCUUGUUUUUCUUGGCAUAGUCUCUCUUCCCAAAGGUCGAAAGCUCUUAUCGAGGUACCUUCAGCUUCUCUUUUCUAGUGCUGACCUCAUGCGAGUGGUCUGUAUGGCUAUAUUCCGCCAUUUAAGGUUCUUGUUUGGGGCCCUUCCAUCUGACCCCUCAACUGCUGAAACGACUAUCAAGCUUGUAAAGACUGUUUCAUCUAGUGUUCGUGGAAUGGACCUUAGAGCACUCGGGGCCUGUCUUGCUUCUGUUGUCUGCUCUGCUGAGCAUCCACCUCUCAGACCCCUUGGGAGCUCUGCUGGAGAUGGUGCUUCUGUUAUUCUAAUAUCUGCACUUGAAAGGGCUACUGAAAUCCUAAGAGAUCCCCAUACUGCUGUAAACUGCAGCAUGCCUAAUCGAGUAUUUUGGCAGGCUUCUUUUGAUGUGUUUUUCAACCUUCUCACAAAGUACUGCAUCAGCAAGUAUGACACUACUGUGCAGUCUCUGCUUGCACAGGGCCUAACAGACAUGUCUGCUAUAGGUUCAGACGCAACAAAAGCUAUUAGUAGGGAAAUGCCAGUAGAAUUAUUACGAGCAAGUCUUCCUCAUACAAAUGAACAGCAAAGGAAGGUCUUAUUGGACUUUGCACAGCGUUCAAUGCCUACACUUUGAUUUCAAAAUCACAUGUAGAAGAAUUCAGGAAGCUGUGUCGUUACUGUUCUACUUUCUAACAGCACAUAACUCUUAGUUGUAUGAAGGGUGUCGUCAUUCACAGUCUUCACUUGGUCCUACUGGUUUGAUGCAUGUCAUGGAGGAAGCAUGCUGGUUUCAGCUUGUAAUGUAAUUUCGUAUUUCUAGAGUAUCAAGUCUGCCUUAGCCUUAGAUCCAUAUUGUUGAAUGUAGAAGGGUUUUAAGCCUAGUAUUGUGUAUCAGUGCUGGUCAUUCUGGUUAUUUAUCUUUCUUUGAGAGCUUAUUUGGAUGCUCCUUUGUGCAAGUCAUGGUAGAAUGUGGACUUAGAGAGGUUAAACUUGUAUAGUUUUCAUUUCGAAAAGGUCUUAUUUUCGUCCGCUGUAGUAUUCAAGAUGGGGUAGGAGGGAAUAGAUUGUUUUAUUUGGGACAAGAAAACUCUUUUUGGUUUUUUGGGUGGUUUAUCUAGCUGCAUUUCGUUCUUCUGCUUCACCAGUGUUCAUGGUGAUUUUGAAUUCCUGUAUGGAUGGUUCUUUUGUACUUUUUGCUAGAUCGCAUGAACUUUUUAUGCAGUUCUUUUUCCUGUUCGCAAAUUGUCUUUCUAAUGAAAAGAAUUGGUUUAUUUUUA